AUGUACAAAGAUGAGGAAGAUGACGAGAUGGAGGAUGUUGAAGGAGGAAUAGAGGGAGGAGAGCGACAAGAACAGGAUGGUGGGGAUGUGAGGAUUGCAGAGGAAAAUCUAGAGAGUGAUGCUGAGAUGAUGAGGAUCGCUGAUUCUGCUAAUAAGGCUACUCUACUGGCUGAAAAUGAUGGGAUGACCCCGGAGAAGAGCAAAUUUGGGACUUCAAUGCCACCACAGCCUUUGGUUGAUAUGUUGGUUUCACAGCAGGAUCAACAAGUAGUGUCUGUUGAAUCUAGGAGGAGUAGGAGAGGGACAAUUACCAUUGUAGACCGUGGUCAUGAUGAAAUAGCAAUGUCACCUGAGCCAGAGUUACUCUCUCUUACUUGA